AUGAAAGUCGACAUCGUCAAGGUACACGAAAUCUGGCCUCGGAGCCAUCAGAACACAUCACCACAGUCUGCCAACUUGCCUAUCUUGGACGCAUGGUAUGCCUACCGUCGCACUGUACCUACCAUAUAUCUCUUUGAAAAAUCCACGAAACCGCAAGACCUUAUCAAACGCCUUACUGAAAGUCUUUCUCAAACACUUGAUAUCUUCCCGCGCUUCGUUGGGACUUUGGAAACAAUUACAAGCCCAGAUGUGGAUGGAAAAGAACUUCAGCGGACCAUUGUCAAAUGGGGAAGCCCUAGCGAUAAGGCAGUAGAACUUACUGAGGCGCAUACCAAGUCGCGCAUCAGCAGCCUGCUUCCACCUACCAUUUUGAAUGAGUCUACAUUCUUAUGGGAUUACUCGCCCUCGUCUCUUCGCACGCUAUUUCCUGCGCCCUGCUCUCGUCCCCCGGGCAUUCGAAUCCAGAUCACAGCGUUCUCCUGUGGUGGUUUCAGUCUCGGGAUCGAUUUUGAACAUGGCUUAGCUGAUGGUUAUACGGCGGGGAGAUUACUGGAGCACUGGUCGAUUCUCUAUGGACAAAUGUUCCAUGGCGAAGACGCGAUAGGCCCAAACCCCCCAUCAUGGCAACCGGAAGUUUUCAGCAGCCAGCUUACUGGUAUUGAUCUAAAAGAGCAAGGCUCGACACUACUUAAGAGAGCUCAAGCGCUUCCCACACGAGGCCCGUAUCGCCGUGCCCUUCAACCGAAUGGCCCUAUCCAGGGAGCCGAAACCAUGUACAACUAUGUGUUACAUAUGCCAGCCACGGAAGUCGAGCAUAGACUCGGAGACCUGCAGUCGAAAAGUCCGAUGCGCUUGACCGACCAGGCAGCGCUAAUCGGGUUCUUCUGGGCAUGUCUCAACCGAGCUCGUGGUCAUGCACAACGGCCACCAAUCGAUCUACACCUGGCGAGUAGCUUCCGUUGGCUUCUAGGAGUACGUGACGGGCUACUGGGCUCGCCGUUCGUCGUGGUCAUGAUUUCCCCUGACGCCCAGAGCAACCCUGCCAAUGCUACCGAUCCAAUCAAACUCGCUACUAGGGUCACGAAGGCCCUCAGCAAGUACGACGAUAAUGCGAUGCAUGCAAUCACCUAUGACGCUACGUUCAGCGACAGUCCUUCGAGUAGUUUCAAGCCAAAGGGAGGCGACGAACAUGUAGAGUUCAGCUCCGUCGCUCACUUGGGAUAUGACAAGUUCCAUCUAGGACCCCUCAGCCCAUCCUUCUAUGUGCCAUCUUCAUCCAUACCCAACCUGUUCGUUUUUACUGAGGCGUUGCCUAAUGACCAGGCUGUUGGCAACGCAUGGUACAAGAACGGACUUAAUUUGUUCUUCAAUGUAACCGAGGAUGUCUUUGAAGCAUUUGCGUCUGAACCGGCGUUGACGGGCUGCGAAGUAUACCAAGAUGUUUGA